AUGAAGGAAAAAUCGAAAAACGCGGCGAAGAGGCGGCGAGAGAAAGAGAACGGAGAGUUUUAUGAGCUGGCCAAGCUGCUGCCGCUGCCGGCGGCCAUCACCUCCCAGCUGGACAAGGCCUCCAUCAUCCGCCUGACCAGCAGCUACCUCAGGAUGAGGGCGAUCCUCCCCGACGGCCUGGGUGAUGGAUGGGGGCAACCAACAAGGUUUAGUCCUCUGGACAGCAUGGCCAAGGAGCUGGGUUCCCACCUUUUACAAACUCUAGAUGGUUUUGUGUUUGUUGUUGCAUCAGAUGGCAAAAUCAUGUACAUUUCAGAAACUGCAUCAGUUCACCUCGGUCUGUCCCAGGUGGAGCUAACAGGAAACAGUAUAUUUGAGUACAUCCACCCGUCAGACCACGAUGAGAUGACAGCAGUGCUGGGUCUCCGCCAGGCCCCACACCACCACUUUUUGCCUGAGUAUGAAAUUGAGCGUUCUUUCUUCUUGAGGAUGAAAUGUGUUCUUGCCAAACGAAAUGCAGGGCUGACAUGUGGAGGAUAUAAGGUCAUCCACUGCAGCGGCUACCUGAAAGUGCGUCAGUACAUGAUGGACAUGGCGCUCUAUGAAUCAUGUUAUCAGACUGUGGGCCUGGUGGCAGUUGGACACUCCCUGCCCCCCAGUGGUAUCACUGAGAUCAAACUCCACAGCAACAUGUUCAUGUUCCGGGCCAGCCUGGACCUCAAACUCAUCUUUUUGGACAUGAGAGUGGCAGAGCUGACAGGCUACGAGCCUCAGGACCUGAUAGACAAGACUCUUUACCACCACGUUCAUGCCUGUGACGUGUUCCACCUACGCUAUGCUCAUCACUUACUACUGGUGAAGGGUCAGGUCACCACUAAAUAUUACCGCUUGCUAUCAAAACAUGGAGGUUGGGUGUGGCUGCAAAGUUACGCCACCAUCGUCCACAACAGCCGUUCAUCCAGACCUCACUGUAUCGUCAGUGUGAACUAUGUCCUCACUGACAUUGAAUGCAAGGAACUGCAGUUAUCUGAAGAGCAGAGACAAGCCACUAAAUCUGGUCUCAGUCUCACUUCUUCUCAGGACCACUGCAGACAGCUCAGAACCAAAGCAGUCAAAAUGAAGACCAAAUUAAGAGAAGCUCCCUAUCUCGAGCAGGCCGCUCGCCUCUUCCAGCCGGACUUCUCAUGCUGCUCUUCACAAAAGGGGGUGUGGAAAGACAGAUCCCUGUACCCAGUAACCCCUUGCAAGGAGAAGAGCUCCAGCUUGAGACCUGAAGGAGCUCAGGUGUCCUGCAGCCCCGCUUACAGUCUGACUCUCCACUACCCCACCCAGCAGCACCUGAACGUUCAGAGCCAGCUGCCCAGCUCAGUUCCCUCCUCUCAGCUGUCUCAACAAAUCAUUGGCUCCCUGCAUAGCAAAGGAGCUGAUGGAUGGAGCAUCAGCAGCUCCACAGCAUCCAACAAAUACAGAGGGUCUGCACUGGCAGCUGACCGUAGGUACCCCGAUGAUUGUCCCAGUGACAUGAACACUCUUUCGAACAGCAGGCUGAAGGAAGAACUCUAUGAACAUUGCACACUCGUCCAUAGCAAAGUUUGUCCACACCUCCAGCCCCAUCCCACAAAGGAGAGUAAAUCUUUAAGCGAGGAUGUGCAACAUAAUGCAAAAGGUGAUCGGGCCCCGGCUUGCCCUCUGCUCAGCAGCCUGGUUCUGGGUAAAGGUGAACAGGGGGGCUUGUUGCAUGGCAUAGGCCAGUCUCUCCCCGUGCAGAUAGUUCUAGAGCAGAGGAAGAGGCUCUGUAUGACGGAGACCCCUUACAGCCACCUGGCUCCAGAAUAUCAACAACCUGCUCAUGACUACCAGCGCUUUGGAGCUACCACCAAGCCACAGUCCAGAUCCGCUGAGGACUUGAGAUUGCUGACAGGUACAGAGCCUGGGGUGGGACUCCCCCCCCAAGUUCCAUAUGUGUCUUUGAACUUUCAUCAAGUCUUGGGCAGACACGGUCCUAUUAAGGCCUCCCCUUUUGCCUCACUGAGCCAUAUAUCAGAUGACCAUGGUUACCAAGGUAAAGAGGUGGCCCCUAACAGCCGGAGCCCCAGCUCCAGCUCAUCUCCCGAAAGCCACAGAGAGACCCCACAUUACAUCGGCACGUCUGUCAUCAUCACAAAUGAGAGGUGACCUGAAACGGCUGCUCUGCAGGCUGUAGCUGUGUCUGCAGACAGCGCUGAGAGCUUUCUUUCUUCCAUAAUUUCUAUCAUGUAAAAAGGUCAACAUCAGCGCAGGUUCACAGCAUAAGCAGCUUUCACAAGUGUUUUCUUUGUGCUUAUUAUCCAACCUUAACCCAAACUUAGAUUAAAAAGAUUAAAAAUAAAAGGUAAC